ACGUCUUGUAUAAAGGCAGAAGAUAUAAGGAGAGAAGAAGAGACACAUGUGACUGAUAUAAAGGCAGAAGAUAUAGAUGGAGAAGAAGAGACGUAUGUGACUGAUAUGAAGGCAAAAGAUACAGCGGAAGAAGAAGAGACGUAUGUGACUGAUAUAAAGGCAGAAGAUAUAGAGGAAGAAGAAGAGACGUAUGUGACUGAUAUAAAGGCAGAAGAUAUAGAGGGAGAAGAAAAUACGUAUGCGACUGAUAUGAUGACAGAAGAUACAGAGGGAGAAGAAGAGACGUAUGUGAGGGGUGAUCAGCAGUGUAAGGAGGAGAUCCCUACAGAUAUCGGCACAGGAGAUGGACACACAAGCAGGAAUAUCUCAGAAGGACAUCUAAUGUUAUCCCUGGAUUCUGAAAUAACAGAUGACAGUAGACAGGAUUCUCCAGGAGAUAACCCUAUUACCCCAAUUAUACAUCCAGCUCUAUCAGCUGAUCCCUCUGAUUCUGGGGAAUGUUCUCCUGAUCACUCUGAUAUUGGUGCAUCUGUUAUAGCUCUGAGAGUAGAUUCAGUGUUUCCCUGUUCUAUAGAUGCCAAAUGUUUUACACAGAACACAAACCUUAUUACUCAUCAGGCAGCUAAGGCAGAUGACAGGCCAUUUCCAUGUUCUGAGUGUGGGAAAUGUUUUACAUCUAAAUCAUAUCUUGUUAGACAUGAGAGAAGUCACACAGGUGAGAGGCCAUUUUCCUGUUCUGAGUGUGGGAAAUGUUUUGCAUGUAAAUCAGUUCUUGUUACACAUCAGAGAAGUCACACAGGUGAGAAGCCGUAUUCCUGUUCUGAGUGUGGGAAAUGUUUUUCAUCGAAAUCACAUCUUGUUAGUCAUCAGAGAAGUCACACAGGUGAGAAGCCAUAUUCCUGUUCUGAGUGUAGGAAAUGUUUUGCACGGAAACCAGCUCUUGUUAUACAUCAGAGAAGUCACACAGGUGAGAAGCCAUAUUCCUGUUCUGAGUGUAGGAAAUGUUUUGCACGGAAACCAGCUCUUGUUAUACAUCAGAGAAGUCACACAGGUGAGAAGCCGUAUUCCUGUUCUGAGUGUGGGAAAUGUUUUGCACACAAAUCACAUUUUGUUAUACAUCAGAGAAGUCACACAGGUGAGAUGCCGUAUUCCUGUUCUGAGUGUGGGAAAUGUUAUUCAUCGAAACCAGAUCUUGUUAUACAUCAGAGAAGUCACACAGGUGAGAAGCCAUAUUCCUGUUCUGAGUGUGGGAAAUGUUUUGCAUGGAAAUCACAUCUUGUUACUCAUCAGAGAAGUCACACAGGUGAGAAGCCAUAUUCCUGUUCUGAGUGUAGGAAAUGUUUUGCACGGAAACCAGCUCUUGUUAUACAUCAGAGAAGUCACACAGGUGAGAAGCCAUAUUCCUGUUCUGAGUGUGGGAAAUGUUUUUCACACAAAUCACAUUUUGUUAUACAUCAGAGAAGUCACACAGGUGAGAUGCCGUAUUCCUGUUCUGAGUGUGGGAAAUGUUAUUCAUCGAAACCAGAUCUUGUUAUACAUCAGAGAAGUCACACAGGUGAGAAGCCAUAUUCCUGUUCUGAGUGUGGGAAAUGUUUUGCAUGGAAAUCACAUCUUGUUAUACAUCAGAGAAGUUACACAGGUGAGAAGCCGUAUUCCUGUUCUGAGUGUGGGAAAUGUUUUGCACACAAAUCACAUUUAGUUAUACAUCAGCGAAGUCACACAGGUGAGAAGCCAUUUUCCUGUUCUGAGUGUGGGAAAUGUUUUUCAUCGACAUCACAUCUUGUUAUACAUCAGAGAAAUCACACAGGUGAGAAGCCGUAUUCCUGUUCUGAGUGUGGGAAAUGUUUUUCAUCGACAUCACAUUUUGUUAUACAUCAGAGAAGUCACACAGGUGAGAAGCCGUAUUCCUGUUCUGAGUGUGGGAAAUGUUUUUCAUCGACAUCACAUCUUGUUAGACAUCAGAGGAGUCACACAGGUGAGAAGCCAUUUUCCUGUUCUGAUUGUGGGAAAUGUUUUUCAUCGACAUCACAUCUUGUUAGACAUCAGAGAAGUCACACAGGUGAGAAGCCAUAUUCCUGUUCUGAGUGUGGGAAAUGUUUUGCACGGAAAUCAGUUCUUGUUAAACAUCAGCGAUUUCACAGAUGAGAGGCCAUUUUCAUGCUGUGAGAGAAAUAAAUCUGCUCUUGUUGAACAUAUUAGACAUUACCCAAGUACGGAACCAUUUACAUCUUCUGGAGUAUAAUUAUCACUGUCGUCCAAUGUUCCUCAAGGGUGAAUCCGAUCUCUUAUGCUUUAUAAAAUAUACAUGCUACCACUGGGUGAUAUAAUCAGACGUCAUGGCCUGGUCUACCACUGCUAUGCAGAUGACCUGCUUUUUGCACCAUGUACUGAGAACCUAAUACCAAUCCUAAAUGGUUGUCUAGCUGAGCGCCAGGGGUGGAUGAUGCCAGUUGGCUGUGACUCAGUCUUUGUGAAACAUAAUAGAAGCUCCCGAACAAAGGACAAGCUUUACCAACCAUCUGGAUUUAUGCUUUGGUGUUCAGAAUUGCAAAAUACUGAACAUGUGCUGAAUCUUUGUGUUGUCCUGGUAUGUGGCUGACACAGACAUCAGGUAUCCACCACAUACAAAUCCUCGUUCUUUCAUCUGUGGACCAUAGCCAGAAUCAAGCACUUGAUUCCCUCAGAAGUUCAUAGACUACUGCAAUGCCAUCUACCUGGGUCUCCCAGCAAAAGAAUUACAGAGCUUGCAGCUAGUACAGAAUGCAGCAGCCAAGCUGUUACCUAACCAGCUAAUUCCUGCCACAUAACACCCAUUCUCUACUCCCUUCACCGGCUGCCUGUAAGAUGACAAAUCUAUUUCAUAAUUGGCUAACUGACCUUCCCAGCCCAACAUUACAUGGUCCAAGGUACUAGAAGCAGCUUCUGCCUCCUUACUGCCCUGCUUGCUUGCUUGCUUGCUUGCUUCUACAGAUGGACUGUUACCAGCAGUACCAAGAAUCUCCUGUCAUUCAUUUAUGGGUUGAACGUUUAGCUUUGACCAUGGAACUCACUGCCUUGCACAGUCCAAGAGGCCUCCACUCUAAAGACCUUCACAAGCAGACUGAUGACUGUUACUCACGCUUUUCAUUAAUGUAUCUCUAUUUACUUCCUAAAUAAUACAUCCCAAAGGCUUAGGUCUUUUUUCUGCUGUUUAUUUUGUAUCUUGUGCUUUGUGUAAAUGUGAAUGUCUAAUACCAGUUUCCACAAUCUGUAUUGCUGCACGACAAUAU